AUGGAGAGGAAAUGCCCGGGGCACUGUGGGGCCCCCAAGAAGCUGGAGCUGUCCUUCUCCAUCGAGGAGAUCUUAAAGAGGCCCACUGAGAGCAGCCGCGUGGUCAAGACAGAAGGGGCAGGUGGACAGGACACCUGGCAAGCAGCAGGUGUAAGCUCCGGACUGGAGAGGCCCCCACAGGCCCAGCCCCAGGAGGAAAGAAAGAGCAAGAGGAGGGUCCGAACCACCUUCACCACCGAGCAGCUGCAUGAGCUGGAGAAGAUCUUCCACUUCACCCACUACCCAGAUGUCCACAUCCGCAACCAGCUGGCAGCCAGGAUCAACCUCCCAGAAGCUCGGGUGCAGAUCUGGUUCCAGAACCAGCGUGCCAAGUGGCGGAAGCAGAAGACUGGCAGCCUUGGAGCUUCACAGCAGCUGAGUGAGGCCGGCUUGGCCCUGGCCACAAACCUGGACGUGGCCGGCCCCAUGCUGCCGCCCUCCGCUCCGCCCCGGCUGGCCCUUCCCACGGGGUGUUAUCCACCAGCUCCAGGCCAGCCCGCCUCUGCCUGGUUCCCCGGCCAGAUCACCCUCCUGCCUGGCCUCCUGUGGGAGACACAGCCUCUCCUAGGCUCUCUCAUUCAGCAGACCUGCAUCCCUGCACUGUGCUGCCUUCCACCUGCGAACCCCAAAUGGGGCAGCCCCUGUGCCACCUCCACAUAGGGAUGGAAUAACCUCUCGCCAAUGGAGCCGCUCCCCUCUCCAGGUGAAGAGGAGGGCAGGAGGGUGCCCGGGACUCUAGGGGAAUCGAUCUCAGCACCCAAAGAUGGCCCA